AUGGUGGAGAAUGUUGAUCUAAAAGGAGCAAGCGUGAUGCAUGCUUGUAAAAUUUGCAAGAAGGGUUUUAGGUGUGGUGGAGCUUUAGGGGGGCACAUGAGAGCCCAUAGUUUGGGAGAUGUGAAUGGCUGCAUGGGUGAUCAACAACAUCCCAUGGGCAAUGUCCAGGACAAGCCCGGAGGCAACAAGAGAACCUACUAUCUACGAACAACCGCGAAUCGGUUCGUGGGUGGUUACCCGGCGCGAGAGAAUUGUGGUAAGAAGUUCUUGACAUUGAAUUCUUUCAAUUUUGAUCAAAAUGAGGAGAGGGUGACAUCCAUGUCAUUGGCCGGGCCGGACGUUGGAGAUGGGAGAAGAAGGAAGGAGUGCAAUGGGAUUGAAGGAAAGCGGUUCAGAGGUUCAACCAAAAUGGGGAACAAUGAUGAAAAUGGUUCUUCUUCAAGCGAAGAAGAAGAAGACCUCGCUAAUUGCUUGGUCAUGUUAUCGAAUGGAAAGCUGGAUCCAAUGUCUGAGGACGCGAUCAGAAAUUCUUUGGCUUUGGGUGGUAAAGAGGAGGAGGACAAGGGUAAGGAGGUAGUGAAAGGGAUGUUCCAAUGCAAAGCUUGUAAGAAGGUCUUCAGUUCACACCAAGCAUUGGGAGGUCAUAGAGCUAGUCACAAGAAGGUGAAAGGUUGUUUCGCUGCAAGAUUCGAUCAUAACCUGGAAGAUGAUAGGGUUGAGGAGGAUGUGAUCACAACCCCUACUCAAUCCGGUUCAUCUCCACCGUUCGAUCUCAAUCACACAUUGCAUGCUCCAUUUGAUCAUCAUCAGACUUACCCAAGAAAGAAGUCUAAGGUUCAUGAAUGUUCAAUAUGUCACCGUGUGUUCUCAUCAGGACAAGCCUUGGGCGGGCACAAGAGGUGUCAUUGGCUCAACUCUAAUUUGCCGCCAGACACUUCUUCAAUACCUAACUUUCAUGAUCAAUUCCAAUAUGAUAGCCAACAACUACAUAAGAAACCCAUGUUCAAAAGAUCCGAACCACUUGAUCUCAACCUCCCGGCAUUGCUCGAUGACACAACCGAAGCACGCCCAAACAACGAUAACUCAUUGAAUUUUGAAGCUCCCACGAGAAUUUUUCUACCACCAAGGGCAAAUGAGGGCAUCGACAACACUCGAAAUCACCACCAAUACGCCACCACCAACACGCUUAAAACAUCAUUGCAUGAUGUGCAUGGUAAAGUAGACUAUUCUACAUGGUUACAAAUGGGGAUCACAUCGACUCGAGAUGGAGGAGGAGCUAUCCCCUGGGGUGAUUUUUCACGGAAAUGUGAAUGA